AUGUCCGCUCUACUUGAUCCCUGGAUCCCCGCUGGACUUCUGCCGAAAUGGCAGCUUUUGGUGGGCGGCCUCGCGUUCUUCAAUACGGCGCAGAACUUCUUGACACUCGACUUCACGAGACGGUUGUACAACGGCGCGCCAGCGAACGCGCCCGUUACGAGAUUACAAGCCAGAACAUUCGGGAUCUGGACCCUCACCAGUGGUAUCGUGAGGUGCUAUGCAGCGUAUCAUAUGCACGACAAAAAGAUGUAUGACCUUGCGCUCUGCACGUAUCUCCUUGCGCUUUGCCACUUUGGCUCGGAGAUCUUCGUCUAUCGCACUGCGCGCCUCUUUGGGCCUGCGCUCAGCACCAUCAUCGUCUCGAGUACGUCUCGUCUCACACCUUAUCAUCAUCCUCCCCAAUCCUUCACGUCAUCUGGGCCCGACUUCCUUGGUUUGGAUGACCAUGCAAUACGACUAUUAUGUCAACGGCCGCCUUUGAUACACACCCAGCACUAUUGUGACUGA